UGCUCUCACUUCAGUGUCGAACGUUCUAAUUCUUCCUAGGAACAAGCACUUUGUCAAACCCCUAAACCCAGAGAUUGGAGGAAAAAGUUGCAACUUCGUUCUUCGCAAUACCCGCCUCCACUUCAAUGGCGUGUGUUGUAUCCAUUAGCUUCUCUAUGCCUCUCUGCGCCCGAAAAUUCUCAAUCCAGAAAUUACAACUGAGGGGAGUACCUCUGGCUGGACUUUCAAGUCAAGCAACCAUCAGAACAGCAACCAACCUUCCUGCAUUCUGCCACUCAAAUAGAGAUAUAUUUUCCGUAUCGGGCAGCUCUGGAAAUUUAACUCCCUUAUUUCAUUGUGGUGAAUUUUUUCCUUUCUGCAUGAAUGUAAGCUUAUGUAUUCAUAAAAUAAUAGUUGGCUAUUGGGUAGGACCUGAUAUUGAUGAUGGUUGGGGAUAUGUGGAAGCUUUUGUUAAUCAAAUUACUUAAUUUUAUCAUAAAUUUCUUCUCGAUGGUUUGCAUUGCUUA